GCGACCUGUUUGUCCGGAACAAAUAACGCGUUUGUGGCUGUCACUCAGGGUUUGACCUCCGAGUCUACACAUUUCCUUUUGUACAAUAGCCACGACGCUGACACGCCAAAGUCUCAUUUGAGACUCCCCUUUGCCUUUUGGCCCUUGUAGGGCGCAUGUAUAUAGUUCAUCUUUCUUUUCUUCAUCUGCGUGAUACUUUAACUUAUCAACCAUGGACAAGUUUGUGACUGUCAAGAAAACCUCAAGUUUAGCAUGUUCUCAAGCUCAAGGCAGCAAGGUCGAGACGGAGAAGCAACGACCUAUACAGCGGUUCAGUCCAUAUGGUGCUAUAGACGAUGUGUGCGACAAGAAGUACGAUCAUAUUCAGCAGAGGAAGAACAACGCGGCAAAGAUCCUCGAGCCUUUGGUGAAAGACGGAAAGGUCGCAACCAAAAAGGCCUUGACUAAACGUCUACUGGAUACCCUGAGUGAUGAAGCCAAUCCAAUUACUCAUUCCGACAUUUAUGCAAGAUCAGACUAUGUCACUUCGGCUGCUUCAGGCCAUCAACGCGGUGAUGGACGAGGUAGUGCUCAGAAAGCAUACCAUAAAUCUCGUGGUAAAAAGCUUGCCGACCAACUACCAGAGAAAUCUAGUAACAGAGGAGUCAAUGUGUUGUACAACGUUCGAAUUUACAUCAAUGGCUAUCUCGCCGACACCACCGACAUUGAAAUGAAACGCAUUGUCACCCUAGCUGGGGGACAAGUCCUACAAACCCCUUCUGGAGCAACACAUAUUCUGACUUCACAGCAACUCAAUGGGUCAAAGACGCACAAACUGCUAACUACAAAGGCGAAAGUGAAACCACACGUCGUCCGCCCCGAAUGGGUUACAGAUAGCAUCAAUGCUGGAAGACGAUUGUCAGAGAGGGAGUAUUCUGUGAUCAAGGAUUCUUCUGUCAUGUCCCUGGCUGAGAUGUUGGCGACUGGAUCGUCAAGCAAGCCCAUCGAAGUGGAAUGAAUUGGCAUUGUAGGUAUCAAUCUGAAGGUUUAUAAUUUAAUACCUAUUUAUUCAACGUUGCAUUUGCUCAAUCAAUUCACGCAAAGUAAUGGAUUGAAAGUAAGAAUACAUUAUAUCUUAUCAA